AUGUGCAGCUGCGUUCUCGCAUUCUUCGAGUUAUUUGCAGUGACCUGCUGGCCCGGGUCUGCAAACUUGCCUAUGCUGACUGAGGCGCGAGGCACCAAUGGCGAGGAGGCAAUGAGCACAGCCGAGGAGUACACCCUCAGUAUACAGGAGGAGAGAAGUGACAAGUUCAUUUUAGUUCCAAAACGUCUUCUUCGACUACCAAAAGACUGUAUUGCCAUCAAACGUGUCAAGACCCUUCAAUUCUCACUUUUUUCAGACAAAGUCGAAGAAGCAUCCAAACUUGUAAGCAUCCCGACUAUGAGGCAGUCUGGCACAAAGCAGACUUUUGUUUGCAAGCCCCCACUCUAA